UGGAAGAAAGGAAUAAUGAAAAAGGAAAGAGAAGAUCAUGGAUGCCUGUAUUAUACAUAAGCGUAACAUUCAUAAAGAAACUCCAUAGCGCUACACGCACAAUAAACUUGAAGGCUAAUUUUUUCCGGACUGUCGAUUUUCCUGACAACUGAAGCGUGCCACAAAGUACGAUGGAACCCCCUCGGGUUGUCCGUGGAAUCGAGACCGAACCGCUUAGUUCCCGGUCGUUCGUCGCGCCGCUCGCCAGUCCAUUCGAUUUUUCCUCCAUUCGCUGCAUAACGCUUUUCAACAACGUGGCAAUAUUUUUCUUACAUCAAUAAUCUAUUUUAUGGCACUUUAUUCUAUCUUUACUUAUUAGAGGGUGUAAUGUCGUUUUUAACCUUAAAAUCCGUGUGACCGCCAAUAACGUUUUUUUCUCUUUAUUUCUGAGUAACGACUCAUCGACCGAUGCGUAAAAGAGUCAAAGUAUUGACUUUUUUUCGCAACGGAAAGCAAUUAUUCUGUGACCAUGUAAGAUAAAUAGAUAUAUAAUAUAGUGACAAAGCCUUAUAAAGAAGAAAUAUAGAGAGAAAAAAAAAUAAAAGUCAUGAGAUCGUCAGUCAUAAAUCUAGUCUUUCUGUUCAUGCUUCUGCUACCGAAGUAUCGAAUUAAAGCCUCUACAUUGUCAUUGAAUAAACAAAAUGUGGCGCAGAAUUUACUUGAGAAGGCUUUAUUACAGUUAGUUUAUCAGAGGAGAUUAUUUAUGGAUGGAUUUGGUAAUGACACUGCUGCACUACAGAGAAAUUAUGAUUUUUACAAUGUACCGGCGCUUAAGUCUCCAGGAGAGGGGCGAAGCAAGAAAAAGAAGUUAAAACAAAUGAAUCGAACGCUAUUGGCUAUUGUAAUGGCAUAUACGCUCAAGUUCAUGUUCCUAAUACCUUCAUUUGUGGGUACUCUCAUCCUUUUUAAGUUCACGGCGGCCCUCGCUGGAUUCUUUUACGCUCUCUUCGCCGCAGUUCUUGGUCUCGAGCAUCGAUAUCAUUAAAAUGAAUACUUAUCUUUUAAUUGUAAUCAAAGUAUUACAAGUUAUUAAAUUUAUAAAUGAAUGAAAUGAAUGAAAAAUGGGUUAUAGAAAGAAACGCAAGUUGAUAAAAAUGUUUCGA